GGUGACUGGCGCCAGUUGGAUAUCAUUGGGUCGACAUUGGUAAUCCGGUACACGCUUGAUUACCACACCAUUUGCUCAGCGGCCGGGUCCUCGUCCCCCCAAAGCACGCCUUUGGCGCUCGAGCAUCUUCAGUCAGGGGGGGUGGUCCCCAUCCGAUGAUGGAGACGCCCUGAUCCAUGGCAUGGAGGGGCAGAGAAGCGGGGACCUUGGGCUUGCAGUGUAGCUCUUUGGCGCACCUGCUUGCUUGCUUGCCUGCGACCGCAGUGCUGCUUGCUGUGGUUGCUAGGUGUUGCUGUCGAUGGUGGGGAGGAGGGGUGCGAGGGAGGGAGAGGUUUCCAACGGGUUCUGAGACGCCUUUGCGGGAGAAAUCCCAAAGGCGGGAUGGGAAAGGUAUCCGUACCUAGCGUCAGUACGGAUACUCCGUAGCUAUUGUGCCCCCCCCCCCCCCCUCCUCUCCCUCGGUAUAUAACCCAUCGAGACGCCCUCCCCCCAUCUCGCACAUCUAGAAGAGAGAAGAACCAUGAUCAGCAUCACCAGAACAGCAAUCCAAGCAUCAAAGAGACUCUCCACCCUCCGUCCUCUCACCACCACAACCAUCACCACCACAAAACAACACCAGUUCUCCAGAACCUUCACCUCAACCACAGCCAAAAUGUCCGCCCCCAGCGCAAACCUCAUCCUCGACGCCGUCAAGGCCCGCCGCACCUACUACCCCCUCUCCAAGACCCUCCCCAUCGAGACCGCCCGCGUCGACGAGAUCGUCAAGACCGCCCUCGCCCACGUCCCCUCCUCCUUCAACUCCCAGUCCAACCGCGUCGUCGUCCUCCACGGCGCAGAGCACGAAAAGUUCUGGGACAUCGCCCUCUCCGUCCUCAAGGCCAUCGUCCCCGCCGAGCAGUGGGAGUCCACCUCCGGCAAGCUCAACAUGUUCAAGGCUGCCGCCGGCUCCGUCCUCUUCUUCGAGGACCAGGACGUCGUCAACGGCAUGCAGGAGAAGUUUGCGCUCUACGCCGACCGCUUCCCCGUCUGGGCCAACCAGUCCGACGGCAUGCUCCAGUUCGCCGUCUGGACCGCCCUCGAGGCCGAGGGCCUCGGCGCCAACCUGCAGCACUACAACCCGCUCGUCGACCAGCAGGUCGCCGCCGAGUGGAAGGUGCCCGCCAGCUGGAAGCUCAACGCCCAGCUCGUCUUUGGCGGCAAGACGGGCGAGGCCGGCCCCAAGGAGUUCAAGCCCAUUGAGGAGAUCUUCAAGACCUUCAGCUCGUAGACGGCAAAUCGAAAGCGACGCUUAGAAGAGACGGACAGCACUCUCGAGAGGUUUAGAGCGUAGAAAGAAAGUCAGUGGAGGAAAACACACACAUAAAGCUGCAUCUGCUGGAGUUUUUUUUGGCCCCCCC